AUGGCUCUGAAAGGAGUCUUCAAGGAACGACUUCUUCAGAUCGUUUCGGUGGCUACACAGGUGGCCAUAUCUCGGCGAGUGCAGAGGUACAAGCUCGCAUUGCGCGGGCGUCAAGACGCCGAAAACAGGCGAACAAGAUCGACCUCGGACCAGUCAACGCCAAUGAUAUGGGGAUGGAGUGUAGACGCAUCGUAGAACGCGUUUUCGUUUGAAGUUGACGUCUUGUUUGAGAGUAGAUGUGACAGAUUUGCGUAGAAUAGGGUAAGAUGUUAUCAUGAACGGAGAUGAAAGGGCUUUUCCAACACGGAGAUGUAGCAUGGAUCAAAGCAUUUGUUGGAUUUCAGCUUUUACAAGCGGACAUCAACGCAGUAGUAUUUUAGCAAGCUUACGAACGCAUAUAGGAUACCAUCAGGAUU